UCUGGAAACUAUCAUCAAAUUUCUGGCAAUGAUUAGCUAAAAAAAGUUUAUUUCCGGUCUACAUUCUGUCUCUGUCUGCUAGUUUGAAAGCAUAAAACCUAUGUGUUUGAAACAAUAGUUUUCUUCUUCCUUUGAAUUACUUAAAUUAAAGAUGCAAUAUUUAAUAUUAUUCAGCUUGAUAUUUAUUGCUACAGUGUCUGCAAAGCAAAUUACUGAAUGGAAGAAAUGGCCACCGCAAAUCCGUAAACGAUAUCUACAAGUUUUAAAAACUAAUUUUAAAAAUAGACUUGGUAAUGAUAUUGAUUUUAAUCAAGUAGUGGAUAAAUCUGUAGAAGUUACGCAUAAAGUCUACUUUGAUGUUACUUCAGAAGGCAAAAAACUUGGCACAAUUGUUAUCGGAUUAUUCGGAAGUGUAGUUCCCAAAACUGUUGAAAACUUUGUAGCCUUUUCUGGUAAUGGAUAUCAAGGCAAAAAGUUUGAAGGAAGCAAGUUCCACAGAGUAAUAAGAGAUUUUAUGAUUCAAGGAGGUGACGUAGUGGCUAUGGAUGGAAGUGGAUCACUUUCUAUAUUCGGUAAUAAAUACUUUGACGAUGAAAACUUUGAUUUGAAACACACUGGACCUGGAAUAUUAAGCAUGGCUAAUGCAGGUAAAAACACAAAUGGAUGUCAAUUUUUCAUCACAACAGUAGCCACUCCAUGGUUAGAUGGACACCAUGUUGUUUUUGGCAAAGUCAUGCAAGGGAUGGAUGUUGUGAAUGCCAUUGAAAAUGUUAAAACUACUGCUGAAGAUAAACCAAUCAAUGACGUUAUUAUUAGUAAAUCUGUAGUUGAAAAAGUCUCUGAAAAACUAAAGAUCAAAAUGGAAUAACAAUUGAUGCCCAGUUUGAUAUUUUUCUACUUAUUAAUGCUAGCCAAAGUUUUACCAAAUAAAAUCUUCAUAUUUUUUUACUUCUCAAAAUAAUCUGGUUUUUAUUUUGUUUGAAACAAAUAUAUUUUUCAAUGGAGAUUUGAAAUAAACUAAACAUUUAGUGUACUUAAUUUUACUUCAGAGUAAAUAUAUGAAAUUUGCUAUAAUGUUUUCAGCCAUGCUCGAAGUUUUGAAUCCUUCAUAGGAUUUUAAUGAGCUUAUAUGUAGAUCAAUAGUGUAUAUAUAGAAAAUUAUUUUUCUAAAAGGUGUUUAUCAACAAAAUCUAUUUUGUCUAAAAGAGUUUUAAGAUCAUAAAUUUAACCUUUAGCUAUCUUAAAUCUAAAUGAAUAAAAAGUUUGAUGUUUGCUGAUGAAAGUUAUAAUUACACGAUUGAAGAUAUCAACUUCAGUUAUCUGUGAUAUACUUUCAUAGUUUUUUUUUAUGAGAUUCACUAUACCUUUGUUUUAUCUGUAAGUAAAAAAAAAAAAGUCUUGAAAACUAUUUGUGUCAAAUUUUUAUACAUCUGAAAUAUGUUGUGUUAUAAUUUCAGAGCUUGUUUUAAGAUAUACAGGUGUUCAACUUCUGUGUGAAUAUAUGCUGUGCAGCUUUUUAUUUCUUUUUACCUUCAAAUAAAUGUUGUUACUUUUUCUAA